AUGGAAGCCGAUUUAAGGAUUUUAAUGGACUUAAAAAGUCAAAUAGAAAGAAGUCGAAAUUUUUGGCGUCGGUGGUCUAAGGAAUAUUUGGUUAAUUUUUUUCAACGAAAUAAAUGGAAUUCGCAAAUAUCUGAGCCAAAAGUAGACGAUAUUGUUUUGGUAAAAGAAGAUAAUUUACCGCCCGCUAAAUGGCUCUAUGGUAGGGUUAUAGAAAUUCAUCCAGGCAAAGAUAAUAUAACACGUGUCGUAACUUUGCGUUGUAAAAACUCAUUGCUGAAACGUCCAGCUUCAAAACUAUGUAUUUUAAAUGUUAAGGACUAA